AUGGAUUCAGAGACUCCUCGAAUAGCCAAAGAUGUCACUGAAUUAAUAGGGAACACUCCAUUAGUGUAUCUGAACAAGGUGGCUAAAGAUUGUGUUGGCCAUGUUGCUGCUAAGCUUGAGAUGAUGGAGCCAUGCUCGAGCGUCAAAGACAGGAUUGGUUAUAGCAUGAUUGCUGAUGCAGAAGAUAAGGGUCUUAUUAAACCAGGAGAGAGUGUGCUGAUUGAGCCAACAAGUGGAAAUACCGGAGUUGGCUUAGCAUUCACAGCAGCUGCAAAAGGAUACAAGCUUGUUAUUACAAUGCCAGCUUCGAUGAGCAUAGAGCGAAGAAUCAUUCUCUUAGCUUUUGGAGCUGAGUUAGUUCUCACUGAUCCAGCCAAAGGUAUGAAAGGAGCUGUUGCAAAAGCAGAAGAGAUUUUGGCAAAAACGCCUAACGGUUACAUGCUCCAACAGUUUGAGAAUCCUUCCAACCCAAAAAUUCACUAUGAGACUACUGGACCUGAGAUAUGGAAAGGUUCUGGUGGAAAAAUUGAUGGUUUUGUUUCUGGUAUUGGUACUGGUGGUACCAUAACAGGUGUUGGAAAGUAUCUCAAAGAACAGAACCCAAACAUAAAGUUGUAUGGUGUCGAGCCCGUUGAAAGCCCUAUACUAUCCGGUGGAAAGCCAGGUCCCCACAAGAUUCAAGGUAUAGGUGCUGGUUUUAUUCCAGGCAUUUUGGAUGUUGAUCUUAUAGAUGAAGUUGUUCAGGUUUCAAGUGAAGAAUCCAUUGACAUGGCUAGGCUUCUUGCUAGAGAAGAGGGUCUUUUAGUGGGAAUUUCAUCUGGAGCAGCAGCUGCCGCGGCAAUCAAACUCGCAAAGAGGCCAGAAAACGCCGGGAAGCUUAUAGUGGCGGUGUUCCCGAGUUUCGGGGAAAGAUAUCUAUCGACUGUACUGUUUGAUGCAGCAAGGAAAGAGGCAGAGACGAUGACCUUUGAACCCUGA